GGCCAUCCUCAUCACGAACCCCACCAAACAAACAAAAGCCGAACCCGGCUCCCCUCCUCCUCCACCUUCCCAGGAGCCCCCAAUCUCCCCUCCAAUCCCCCACCCCCCGCCGGUAGCCGAUCGCGUCGACGAUGCUGGGCGCCGCGAGGAGAUCCGGAUGCGUGCUCGGGCGGCUGGCGCAGGCCCUGCGCCCCGCGGCGGCGACGACCGGCGCGGCGAGGACCUACUCAUCGGCCCCGAAGGAGAUGAAUGUGCGUGAAGCAUUGAACUCUGCCCUUGACGAGGAGAUGGCUGCGGACCCUUCCGUUUUCUUGAUGGGAGAAGAGGUUGGAGAGUACCAAGGUGCAUACAAGAUAACAAAGGGUUUGUUAGACAAGUAUGGCCCUGACAGGGUUCUUGAUACACCAAUCACAGAGGCUGGUUUUACUGGCAUUGGUGUUGGUGCUGCCUACCAAGGUCUUCGACCUGUAGUAGAGUUCAUGACAUUUAAUUUCUCGAUGCAGGCAAUUGAUCACAUUAUCAAUUCAGCUGCCAAGUCGAACUACAUGUCAGCUGGUCAGAUAAAUGUUCCUAUUGUUUUCAGAGGACCAAAUGGUGCUGCUGCUGGAGUUGGUGCUCAGCACUCACAGUGCUAUGCAGCUUGGUAUGCACAUGUUCCAGGACUGAAGGUCCUAACUCCUUAUUCGGCAGAAGACGCUCGAGGCUUGCUGAAAGCAGCAAUCAGAGAUCCAGACCCUGUUGUUUUCCUGGAAAAUGAACUGCUGUAUGGUGAAUCGUUUCCUAUUUCUGCUGAAGUACUUGAUUCUAGCUUCACUGUCCCAAUCGGCAAGGCUAAGAUAGAACGAGAAGGAAAAGAUAUUACAAUUACUGCAUUCUCCAAGAUGGUUGGGUACGCGCUUCAGGCUGCAGAGAUACUGUCCAAGGAGGGAAUCAGUGCUGAGGUAAUCAAUCUUCGGUCAAUUAGACCAUUGGAUAGAGCUGCUAUUAAUGCAUCUGUUAGGAAAACCAAUAGAUUGGUAACAGUAGAAGAAGGCUUCCCACAACAUGGGGUUGGUGCUGAAAUAUGCAUGUCUGUUGUGGAGGACAGUUUUGAGUAUCUUGAUGCACCAGUUGAGAGGAUUGCGGGAGCUGAUGUGCCCACACCCUAUGCUGCGAACCUGGAAAGGUUGGCGUUUCCACAGGUUGAGGACAUUGUCCGUGCAGCAAAGCGGGCUUGCUACAGAUCAACGUCAAUGGCAGCAACUGCCUAAAUUCAAAUGAAACUUCUGUUUCUCGGCCUUCUCUUUUCUUUUAUGUCCAGAAAAUUUGUACCACAUCGCAUAAUGGGUUAUCUUCCCAACUCUCGUGAGCUAAUUUUGUAGAUCCGUUGUGGACCGUCGAUUCAGAUGUUCCCAUUUCAGCUGGAGGGAUGCAUACAGUCAUGGUUCACGCCUGGAAAAACUUGAAUUAUGCAACCUGUGGAGAUUUUACAUGACUGACGAAUAUGCUAAUAACAUGUACUACCUCUGUUCAUGUUUAAUCGACGAGAGGUACAUACGUUCGUAAGCUA